AUGAAUUCAUCGUCUAGAGUGGCUGGUCAAGGACUCUAUGCUUCUCCUCCUCCGCCAGCUUCCGACUGCUCCUGUCUUACUCCACCACCACCACCACCACCUCCAUCUCCUACUACAAAUUGUCCACCGCCUCCUUCACCACCUGUGCCAACGACUUCUCCACCGCCUCCUCCUCCGGGGUCAAAUUACUACCCUCCAUCCUACUAUUAUCCACCUCCACCAGGUGGCUACUGGCCGUACAACCCUUCACCCUCUAUAGACUACAAUUCUCCUCCCCCACCUAAUCCUAUCUUGCCUUAUUUCCCGUAUUACUAUCUCAAUCCUCCUCCACCGUAUUACUCUUCUUCAGCAACUAUGCUCAAUGCUUUUCCACCGUUGACCUGGAGGAGUCUACAACAUCAAUCCGGCAGAGAUCAAAUAUCCAGGACAACAAUGCAGCACAAGUUACACAGACGUCAAUGAAUAGGUAGAAUUAUUAUCUACUCUCGAACAUCAUUCUUGGAUGUAAUUCAGUUUAACUAUGCAGAUUAAGAUUGAUUAUGUUUAAAAUGUGAUAUUACUAGUCAUAGUAACGGUUGAAAUUUAUGUGGAUGAUUAAUUAGGCAUUUGAACCAUAUCAUUAAUUUUCUCCUUUUAUGACAACU